AUGAACGCGUUUUUUCAGUUUGCGAUGGGCAAGUCUUCGCCAUCAGCUCUGCGUGAGACCGUUGUCGAAACUCCCAACAUUACUUGGGACGAUAUUGGAGGCCUUCAAAAUGUCAAGCGUGAGCUCCAAGAGUUGGUCCAGUACCCAGUUGAGCAUCCAGAAAAGUAUCUCAAGUUCGGAAUGCAACCUUCGCGAGGUGUACUGUUUUACGGACCUCCUGGUUGUGGUAAGACAUUGCUGGCAAAGGCCAUCGCCCACGAAUGCCAAGCUAACUUCAUCUCCAUCAAGGGACCGGAACUUUUGACGAUGUGGUUUGGAGAGUCAGAGGCUAAUGUUCCGCGACGUAUUCGACAAAGCUCGAGCUGCUGCUCCUUGUGUGCUGUUCUUCGACGAGUUGGAUUCCAUUGCAAAAGCUCGUGGAGUGCUUGUAAACUUGCAAUUCGAACUGCUGGUGAUGCUGGUGGAGCCGCUGAUCGUGUAAUCAAUCAAAUUCUUACUGAAAUGGACGGAAUGAAUUCGAAGAAGAACGUUUUCAUUAUUGGAGCAACGAACAGACCUGAUAUCAUUGACUCGGCAAUUCUUCGUCCUGGACGUCUCGACCAACUGAUCUACAUCCCACUUCCAGAUGAGGCUUCUCGUCUUCAAAUUUUCAAGGCUAAUCUUCGUAAAACCCCUGUGGCCAAAGAUGUUGAUAUGACAUUCCUAUCGAAGAGUACUGUGGGAUUCUCUGGCGCUGAUCUUACUGAGAUUUGCCAGCGUGCCUGUAAACUGGCAAUUCGUGAAUCAAUUGAGAAGGAAAUCCGUAUUGAAAAGGACAGACAGGAGCGUAGACAACGUGGAGAAGAGCUCAUGGAUGAUGAAAUUUACGAUCCAGUCCCUGAAAUUACUCGUCUGCACUUCGAAGAGGCCAUGAAAUUCGCCAGGCGAUCCGUUUCGGACAACGACAUUAGAAAAUACGAGAUGUUUGCGCAGACCCUACAGCAACAGCGAGGAUUUGGCAACAAUUUCAAGUUCCCUGGUGAGCAGCCAGCUCCGAAUCAACCAGAUCGGUUCCCGUUGGAGGCAAUGAUGACGAUGACCUCUAUAGCUAAAUUCUUUUGUAAUCAAUGUCAGUACACAGCAUAUAACUUAUUUAUUUUCAUUUCUCGCCACUCUCCUGCCAAUUACUACUAA